GCGCUCCCGGUGCUCGCCAUGGCGGCGGGGCCGCGCCUGCGCCGAGCGGUGCCCCCGGCAUCCGGAGCCGGCGGCCGCGGCCAUAGAGCAGCGGAAGCGCGGGCAGAGGGUCCCGCCCGCAGGACAGCGCCAUGGCCUCCCGCGGGGGUCCCCGCGCCCCCGGCACCGACGGCAGCGACUUCCAGCACCGGGAGCGCGUGGCCUCGCACUACCAGAUGAGCGUGACGCUCAAGUCGGAGAUCAAGAAGCUGAUCUACACGCAUGUGGUCAUCUGGCUGCUGCUCCUGGCCCAGAUGGUCGUGGGGCACCUCAAGCUGCUGCCCCACGACCAGGUGGCCAUGCCCUAUCAGUGGGAGUAUCCUUACCUGCUCAGCAUCCUGCCCUCCCUGCUGGGCCUCCUGUCCUUCCCCCGCAACAACAUCAGCUACCUGGUACUCUCCAUGAUCAGCACCGGCCUCUUCUCCAUAGCUCCCCUCAUCUACGGGGCCAUGGAGAUGUUCCCCAUGGCACAGCAGCUGUACCGCCACGGCAAAGCUUACCGCUUCAUCUUCGGCUUCUCGGCCGUCUCUGUCAUGUACCUGGUGGUGGUGGUGGCCGCGCAGGUGCAUGGCUGGCAACUCUACUACAGCAAGAAGCUGCUGGACUCCUGGUUCACUAGCACGCAGGAGAAGAAGAAGAAAUGAGUGGGGAUAGGUGGGCUCCGUGAGGUGCUGAAGCUCUGCAGUUCAGUCCUGUGGGGCAGCGCUGGCGCAGCUCCGGUGGGUGGGGAUCCCCGGGGACCACGGGUGGGUGUCUGAGGCACACCACGGCCCCGCGCUCGCAUGCACGGGGGAGACCCCCGAGGGCCGGGGCCGUGGAGGGUCCCUGGGGUGCGCGCCCCUUCCUCCGCGCGUUGCUCUAUGGAAAUAAAGCACCGUCCGCUCUCCCA